UUGCUUAGUAAUUUGGACGGGGACGGAAAUCCAAUCAAAUCAUUAUAGAAUUGAUGUGGACGAAUGGAUGAAAUACUAUAAUCAGAUCUGUUUUUCCUUUUAUGCGGGUGUGUCCAUUCUUUAAAUCCUACUCUACCCACUGUCUCUCUAAAGGUCCCAAAAAAACAUAAAAAGAGCUAAAGUCAGUUUCUUGGAAGCCACUCCAGGAGAAGGCUAUCAGAAUAUAACUCCUUAGCCCGGGCCAAUUGUCUUAUAUAAACUCCUUCACCGCCAAGCCAUCACUUUAUCAUCUCCCUUUCAUAAUUCCUGCAUCUAUAUACUCUUUCACCGUUGUUUUUAAUACCGCACAUCACAUAUUUCCUUUCCAGUCACUCAUCUCCGGUGAGGCUAUUUUCGAAGAUUCAUGGCAGGAAAGGCCGAGAACAAGAUGCAGAGUGAACUGGGUUGUGGUUUCAUGGGGAGGAUUUUCCAUCUCACUAGGUAUAAGCUGAGAAAAUCAUCUGUUCAUUCACUGCCCAUGAAGGCUAGCAACAGUGUCCAGAGCGAUCACAGUAAAACUGAAUCCGAGAAGCCGCCAAAUAAUGAAUCCAGUGCUGCUUCCGCCAAGUCCCACAACCAGGCUAGAAGGAUUCCUUCUGAUCAUCGAAGACCUCCUACCGUCGGAAAGAAUCAAAAUCCGAGACCUUCAGACGCUGCAAGAAGCUCGACAUCAUCCUCCGGUAAUUCAUCCCAGACUAAGAUUCAACAAAACCGCGAGUUGAUUGACGAUGGCAAAAUACAGAGACAGCCUCCUGAAAACUCGUUGGAGCUCGCUAGGAUUAGCACUCAUUACCAGAGAGAGAACGGGAAUAAAUCCCCCCUCAAACUGACUGGUAAUUUGCUUGUGAAUAACCGCCCAAGGACUAGGACUGGGUGUCUUGAAAUUGUUCCCGAGAAUAGAGAUGUGAUGAAUUCAUUGAUCAAUUCUCGCGGCAAUGCAAGUAGAGGCGUGACGGGGAAUAUUAUGAGGAAGAACAUGGAUGAGCUUGCUCAGUUUCGAAGUCCGAAGAACAGAGCAGACCCUGAAGUGUUGAAGACAAUGGGGAACGAAGCGUAUAAGCAAGGAAGAUUUGAAGAAGCUCUGGCUUUGUAUGAGCGAGCGAUUGCUGUUGAUUCAAAUAAGGCAACGUUUCAUUGCAAUAAGAGUGCAGCUUUGAUUGGAUUAGGCCGUCUUCUGGAAGCGAUUGUUGAGUGCCAGGAAGCAAUUCGGUUGGAGCCUUCUUAUAACAGACCCCAUCACCGUUUGGCAACCAUAUAUCUCAGAUUGGGAGAAGUAGAAAAGGCACUAAGUUACAAUGUGGCAACCCCAUAUUCUGAUCCUGCACUUGCUUUCCAAGCUCAGUCUCUUCGCAAUCACCUUCAAAAAUGCAUUGAAGCAAGGAAAAUCAACGAGUGGGAUACUGUACUGAAGGAAACGCAAUCUGCUAUAGCAUUAGGUGCUGAUUCAAGUCCUCAGGUUUAUGCUUUGCAAACAGAAGCCUUGCUUAAGCUCUUCAGACAUGAAGAGGCGUAUGCUGCCUAUGAGAAAAUGCCUAAAUUUGCUAUUAAUUGGUGCACCAAGCUAUUUGGUCUUGCUCGCAGUGCUUAUCUAUUUGUGAUAGCCGCGCAGGUUUACUUGGCAGCUGGCAGGUUCGAAGAUGCGGUGACAGCCGCUGAGCAAGCAUCUAAACUUGAUCCAAGUGAUAAAGAGGUGAGUGUAGUGGUGAAGAGGGCGAGAGGGAUGACGUCAGCCAGAAUGAGCGGAAACUUGCUGUUCAAGGCUUCCAAAUACACGGAAGCAUGUGCUGCAUACAGUGAAGGGCUAGAGCUCGAUCCAUACAAUUCAGUUCUCCUAUGCAACAGAGCAGCAUGUCGUUCUAAGCUAGGUCAAUUUGAGAAAGCGAUUGAUGAUUGUAAUGCAGCCCUUGCAGUUCAGCCCAGUUAUAGCAAGGCACGGCUAAGGAGGGCAGAUUGCAAUGCCAAGCUGGAAAGAUGGGAAUCUGCAAUUCAGGACUAUGAAAUGCUACUAAGGGAAAAGUCAGGAGAUGAGGAGGUGGGGAGGGCUCUGUUCGAGGCUCAACUUCAACUCAAGAUGCUGCACGGAGAAGAUAUCAAGUCUUUCAAUCUCGGGUCUAAUUUAGUUUCUAUAUCGAGCAAUGAUCAAUUUCGACGUCAUCUAACCUCACCUGGUACGUCUGUGGUGCUAUUUUGCAAUAACGCAACCCGCAAGCAAGUAUUGCUAAUGUUGGAGCAAACCUGCAAGAGGUUUCCAUCUGUUAAUUUCCUUAAGGUGGAAAUUGAAGACCACCCCUACUUGGCAAAAUUACAAGGUGUGAGCUCUGUCCCAACAUUCAAAAUAUAUAAGGAUAGAUCAAUGGUUAAGGAAAUUCCAGGCAACAAUCACGAGUUAUUAGAAAGAUCAAUUAAAAUGUAUAGUAGCUGAUAACGUUACAGGAAAUGCAGAAGGUUGAAAGGCAAAAGAACAUGCCAUGAAAAGUAAAUCAAGCUAAUCGUAUUGGCUUCUUAGCUUAAGGACUUCGCCUAUAGAGCAGAGGAGGGAUAGCAUCACCAUUUAGCCUCAAUAAUUUUUAUAGAAAAAGGAAUUCUUAUGUGUUAGUAAUUGAUUCUUCUUUGAAU